GCAGGGCCGGGCCAGAGCGGCGGCAGCGGCGGCUCCGACCCGGGAUGUGGCGGCGCCCGGCCGGGCUCCUUCUCGUCUUCGCGGCCGCCACGGCCGCGCUGUGGCUGCUGUCGGUGCGGCUGAGCGCGGGGCAGACGCGCAGGGCGCUGCGGUUCCCGGCGGACCUGGAGGAGCUGCGGGAUCUGGCCGAGGCGCUGCGGGACUACGAGCGGCAGCACCGGGGCGCGGCGCUGGCGCUGUUCUGCGGCGCUUACCUGUACAAGCAGAGCUUCGCCAUCCCUGGCUCCAGCCUCCUGAAUGUCCUGGCGGGAGCUCUCUUCGGGCCAUGGAUGGGGCUGGUGCUGUGCUCGGUGCUCACGUCAGUGGGAGCCACCCUGUGCUACCUGCUCUCUGCUGCCUUCGGCAAGCAGCUCGUCGUCCACUACUUCCCUGAGAAAGUGGCUCUGCUGCAAGGGAAGGUAGAAGAGAACAGGAGCUGCUUAUUUUUCUUCUUGUUGUUCCUGAGGCUGUUCCCCAUGACACCAAACUGGUUCCUGAACCUCUCGGCUCCCAUUUUAAACAUCCCCGUGUCCCAGUUCUUCUUGUCCGUCCUCAUCGGCCUUACACCAUAUAAUUUCAUCUGUGUGCAGACAGGGGCCAUUCUGUCCCAGAUCACCUCUCUGGAUGCCAUUUUCUCCUGGGACACGCUGCUCAAACUGCUGGCAAUGGCCAUGGUAGCCCUGGUACCAGGGACCCUCAUCAAGAGAUACAGCAAGAAGCACCUGAAGCUGGAUGGAGACAAGCAAACUCAGACACUCAAUGGCAAAAAGAGUUUCUGAUGGUUCAGGUGCCCCAGUUUUGGGGUAAAAGCUGCAGGUCUCUGCAGGGGGUUAUAUUCUGCAUGCUCUGUGCCACCAAGGACAGUGGCAGUUUUUAAUUGUCCUCCUCAUCUCAGAGGAGGUGUAAGAUUCUUAUUUUUGAUGAAUGUUUACCUGUGCAUGUACCUGCACAGAGAGAGCGAUACAGGGACUUUGUGAACAGUU